GAGCCGGCGCCAGAGGUCGCCUGUGCGCGACCUAGCCAAGCCCCAGGCACCAUGCCGCGGCGCCUGCAGCCCCGGGGCGCUGGCACAAAGGGCCCGCCGCCUGCCACAACCGCGUUGGCCUCGGAGGCCGCCUCGCGUCCCCACCCCUCCGCCUCUGGGGACACCCCAGCAACGACCAAGCCGCUGCUGCGCUGGGACGAAGUGCCCGACGACUUCGUGGAGUGCUUCAUCCUGUCAGGCUAUCGGCGGCUGCCAUGCACGGCGCAGGAGUGCCUAGCCUCGGUGCUGAAGCCUACCAACGAGACGCUCAACUUCUGGACUCACUUCAUCCCGCUACUGCUGUUCCUGAGCAAGUUCUGCCGCCUGUUUUUCCUGAGCGGCCAGGACGUGCCCUUCCAUCACCCGUGGCUGCUGCCGCUGUGGUGCUACGCGUCGGGCGUGCUGCUGACCUUCGCCAUGAGCUGCACGGCGCACGUGUUCAGCUGCCUGUCGCUGCGCCUGCGCGCUGCCUUCUUCUACCUGGACUACGCGUCCAUCAGCUACUACGGCUUUGGCAGCACGGUGGCCUACUACUACUACCUGCUGCCGGGCCUGAGCUUGUUGGACGCCAGAGUGAUGACACCGUAUGUGCAGCAGCGCCUGGGCUGGCAUGUGGAUUGCACGCGCCUCAUUGCCGCCUACCGCGCGCUCGUGCUGCCCGUGGCCUUCGUGCUGGCUGUGGCCUGCACAGUGGCCUGCUGCAAGAGCCGCACAGACUGGUGCUCUUACCCGUUCGCGCUUCGCACUUUUGUCUUCGUCAUGCCACUCAGCAUGGCCUGCCCCAUCAUGCUCGAGAGCUGGCUGUUUGACCUGCGCGGUGAGAACCCCACGCUCUUCGUGCACUUCUAUCGUCGCUACUUCUGGUUAGUGGUGGCCGCUUUCUUCAAUGUGAGCAAGAUCCCCGAGCGCAUCCAGCCAGGCCUUUUCGACAUCAUUGGCCACAGUCACCAGCUCUUCCACAUAUUCACUUUCCUCAGCAUCUAUGACCAGGUGUACUACGUGGAGGAGGGCUUGCGCCAAUUCCUCAAGGCGCCGCCUGCUGCGCCCACCUUCUCUGGCACAGUGGGCUACAUGCUGCUGUUGGUGGUCUGUCUGGGGCUAGUCAUCAAGAAGUUCCUAAACAACUCGGAAUUCAGUAAAAAGUGAGCCUUCGCCUUGGAGGAGGCCGCUGGUUUGCCUAUUUGUUUGGAGUUUCUGUUGUUGCUAUUGUUGGUUUGUUUUCAAGUUUUGUUGUGUUUCCUUCUUUGCUUGAGGAAGGUGCUGCAAAACUACAGGGAAAAAGUUCAAUGUGACAAGGGUGGCGGGGGUGUCUCAGUGCACUUGGGGCUUUUGAAGAGGGAGGUGGUUUCAGAAGGAGGGAGAGGGCCACUGGUUCUUGCCCCUGGGAAAAUUCUGAUGGUGUCUCUGACAUCCAGGGGUUUUUAAAGGCAGUGAGUAAAAUCCCAAAUAAAACCCCAAACAGUUCGGUUUUCCA